UAUUGGAAUUGAAAUAUGUUUGCUCCAAUUUUUCUAAAAUCCAAUUCUGACAGAUGAUUUGUGACUCUAGACAGUACAGUUCAAAGUUAAUCUUGAACACAAUAACAUUGUUAUCCAACUAGUACUUGAUAGUAUUAUUUUUUUUCCAACUAUAAGUAGCUAGUAUAUUUUAACAAAUAAAGGGUCAGUUUGGUGCACUUGAGCUCCCGCUAUAUGUAGGGUUCAGGGAAAGGCCCGACCACAAAGAUAAGUAUAUUGCAUUUGUAUCAGAGGAUAUUUCUUAAGGGUUGAACUCAUAAGCUCAGACAUUGCUGUAAAUGAACAAGUGGAGUACAACAGACCUGACUUCUGAGUUAUGCUAUCUAAGCUCUGUCUGCACAUUGUGACCAAAUGAUGAGAUUCUUGCACAAUUUGGCCAAGCCUUUUACUAGCACAACGCAGCCCCAAAUCAAUUUCCCUAAACAUCUUAAACCAACAAGAAUUAAUCUGAGUUUGAAAAGUUACCUCAAGUCCAAUCCCAUCAAGACUAUAUUGCUGUUCUCCGACUUGCUGAGGAAAAAGAUUUCUGCAGUAGAUAGCUACUCUCUCCUAUAUGUCGUCAAAGCUUGCGCAAAAAAAUCCCUGGCCACUGAAGGAAAACAAGCCCAUGCCCUCGUCAUCAAACUUGGCUACAAACCCAUCAUUUUUAUUCAAACAUCGCUUAUGGAUAUGUAUGCGGCAACUACCAAUGUUUCUGCUGUGCAUAAGCUGUUUGAUGAAAUACCCAACAAGAAUGUUGUUUGUUGGACUUCACUGAUUUCUGCGUAUGUACAAAAUCAGAAAUCGUACAGAGCCUUAGAAAUAUUCAGGCAAAUGCAGUCGGACAAUAAUGUAGAGCCUGAUCAGAUAGCAUUCACUGUUGCGCUGUCGGCCUGUGCUGAUCUAGGGGCGUUGGAUAAAGGGGUGUCGAUUCAUGAUUUGAUAAGUCGAAAGCCGGAGUUCAGUGAGGAUUUAUCGUUAAUGAAUGCUCUUUUGAACAUGUAUGUAAAAUGUGGGGAUAUCAGAAAAGCUAUGUUAGUGUUUGAUAAUAUUAGAAUUAAGGAUGUUAGGACUUGGACAUCCAUGAUUGUUGGGCAUGCGUUACACGGCCAAGCAGAGGAAGCGCUAAGGCUGUUUUCAGCAUUGGAAGAAGAAAACAACCCGAGAUCAAGAAAAGGCCGUGGGACUGAGGACCAAUUACUUAUUCCCAAUGAGGUUAUGUUUAUAGGAGUUCUAAUGGCCUGUUCUCAUGCAGGGAUGGUCGAAGAAGGGAAAAGGUAUUUUAGAAGUAUGAUCGAAGUGUAUGGCAUAAAGCCUACGCUUUCUCACUUUGGCUGCAUGGUAGAUCUGUUAUGUCGCCGUGGACUGCUAAAAGAGGCAUAUAGCUUUAUUUUGGCAAUGCCAAUUCAGCCAAAUGCAGUUAUAUGGAGGACGCUACUUGGUGCCUCUGGUGUUCACGGCAAUAAAGAACUUGCUGCAGCAGCUCGGUCUAAAUUAUACGAGUUAAAUGCGAGUCUUGUUGGCGAUGAUGUUGCAUUAUCUAAUAUCUAUGCUGCUAAGGGCAUGUGGGAGGAGAAAAUAAUGCUCAGAAAUGAGAUGACGCAAAGGAGAACUCCUGGCUGCAGUUCAGUUGAGGUGGGGAAGUUGCAUUCUUGAAUGUUAUUAGUGCAUGGAAAUGAUAAACCUGUGGAUUAGGUUCUUGCUCACUUCAUUGGGACAAAAGAACAUUUGCUAAUUGACCAGCUUCUUGUCAAGGACAUUAAGUUUUGGUUUUGGGCAGAAAGUUUAAAUACACUUACUGUUGAAUAUGUUUAGAUUAUUCAAAAUGUAGACUUGCAUGUGUGCACCCUAGGGACAGACACAAUGCAUUCUGUAAAAAUUCCAUUUCUUUCACAAUUACUUGCACAAGAUAAAUAUCUUUGGAACCUUGCAAGCUGCUUCUAUUCAGUUUUCAGAAAAUAUUACUUUCUCAUUUUA